AUGGUGAAACAAGUUGUCCGGAUCCAUGUUGGGAUGCUGUUUUUGGCUCUGGGUCUGCACUUGGGGGCAGCUGCUGCAGCCAUGCUGAAAGGUGACAAGGCCCAGGACGGAAGUGGCGGUGGUGGGGACACAAUCAGCCACUCCCUGACCCUGGUGCAGCGCCUGGAGGCCCUGUUGGCUCAGGGGAACGGCAGUGACGUGUCGCUCAGGGUGGAGACGCCCAGCGCGGACGAGGUGAAGGUGAUCCAGUCUCACUCGCUGGUGCUCUCCCUGCAGAGCCCCGUGUUUGAGGAGAUCCUGGUGAGCCGCAACGGCAGCACGCUGGUCCUGAAAGAGAGCUCCGACUGCGCUGCCGUGUUUGACAAGUUCAUUAGGUAUCUGUACUGUGGAGAGCUCUCUCUGCGUUUGGACCAGGCGAUACCUUUACACAAGCUGGCCACUAAGUACCAAGUGACGGGUCUCCAGCAGGGCAUCACCCAGUACAUGAGCCAGAACGUGGCACGGGAGUCCUCCUCGGGACACGUGGCGGGCUGGUACGAGUACGCCCUGCAGGCCGGCGACGUGACUCUGAGGGACAGCUGUCUUCAGUUCAUGGCCUGGAACCUGUCGUCGGUGCUGCGGAGCGGAGAGUGGGUGACCAUCAGCAGCCAGCUGCUCAUGUCCCUGCUGCAGCGCUCGGACCUCGUCCUGCAGAGUGAGAUGGAGCUCUUCGCGGCGCUGGAAGCCUGGAUUAUUCAGAAUGAGCCGGACGGUUUGACAGCGGAGAACGCAUUGAGAGCCGUGCGUUACGCCAUGAUGCCGCCGCGGGAGCUCUUCCGCCUGCAGACCCAGUCAUCGGUCCUGGCUCGCUAUCAGGAGUCGGUGCGUGAUCUGCUGUACAUGUCCUACCAGUUUCACUCUGCGUCGCCACUGGCCAUGGCCAAAUACUUUGACGUGAACUGCAGCCUCUUCAUGCCCAGGAACUACCUGUCGUCAGUGUGGGGGUCUGCCUGGAUCAUCAGCAACCCCUCGCGAGACGACCGCAGCACCAGCUUCCAGACCCAGCUGGGGCCCAGCGGCCAUGACUCCAGCAAGCGGGUGACUUGGAACGCCAUGUUUUCGCCACGCUGGUUACCCCUUAGCAUGAGGCCGAUGUACACGGAGACGGGCGCCAUGCAGCCGACACGCGUUGAUGGAGGGAGCCCUCGCAUCAUCAUCACGCCGGCCACAUCCAGCGCCGAUUUCGCCGGGGUGAACUUCCAGAAGACGGUGCUUGUGAUGGCUCAGCAGCAUGGGAAAGUGGUGGUGAAACACGUCUACAACUUCCACCAGAGCACAGAAGAAAACGGUGAUUUCUUGGCUGAAGCCGACCUGUACCGCCGGACGUCGGAAUACCUAAUUGAUAGCUCGCUCUUCCUCCAUAUUGUGGUGAAGCCGCUGUACCAAAGCCUUCUAACCAGCAAGAACUAA